ACUGUAUGUUCAAUUAGCUGUGUGAUGUUUGGUGGAAAUAUAAUGCCUGGGCUCAUUGAUGGAUGAUUACCUUGUUAAAUAAUUAAAACAGGGUAUCGAUGCCUGGUAUUCCAAUUCACCAGCAGGAUUUUAGGCUGCUCACUAAGUUUUAUUGCUCCACAAUCAAUGUUGUGUAUGCUGAUAUCCCAGAUGGAAAUUUUGUCACCUUGGACUAUAUACAUUUGCAUUGAAAUCUUUCGACCACAUUAGACACAAAGUUGACUUAACAGUGCAAAUUGUAUUUUGUGGAUAUUUUCUGAGAUUAGAAGGAAGACAAGGACAUUGUUUUUUCGAAUAUAUUUUGAUGAAAGGUGACAUAACAGUGUAUUGUCUUUUAGUGGAAAUUUCAAAAUAGAAAGGGUCAGCCCAACAAGUGUGAAGCUGACAUUGGACACUGAAACCGUUUGGCUUUGAAAGUUUUCUGAAGAUGUGCUAAAAAGUGAUGUACUUGGGAAUUGUAACAUUUACUCUGGUGAUACAAAACGGCUUUUCCAAACGGGUUUCCAUGGUGAUGGGGAGACACUUUACUGAUGAUCAUUAGUGGACAACAGCAGCAACAACAUCAUGGAUGAGAUGAGAAAUCUUGUGUUCAAAUCUGCAGAAACGAGCAGCUCAUGUAGUGGUGGUCAGGUGGGAGGCAUGGAGUCCCGCCUGGAGAAGUUCCAGAUCAUCUUCAACAAUCCCACCGCCACCUACCGUGUGGGAGACACUGUUUACGGCUAUGGCUGGGUUAUACUGAAGGAGCCCAUAUUCAUACAGAGUGUGUGCCUGGAGGCUGUGGGAGAGGCCAAGGUCGAGUGGAUGACUUCCAGUGAUAUCCAGGCAUCCGACGAGGAGGUCUUCAACUACACCACAGUGCUUCCUGUCAAAAGUGAAAAAGACAAUCCAGAAGACCUCCUACACGCUGGUUCUCACUAUUUCCCGUUCGAGUUCACACUUCCGUCAAAGCUACCGUCAUCUUUCAAGGGUCGUCAUGGACGACUGCGCUACUUUGCCCGCCUGACUAUAACCACGCCAGGGGGUCCCCACCACGAGCGCACCAGCAAGUUUGCCGUCAUAUCAAACCUUGACUUGAACAAGGAACCGGACGCCUCGUUACCAGUUGAGAACGACACAUUUGAGGCCAUAGGCUCCUGGUGCUGCAUAUCGGGAACUGUCACGGCUUCCAUCAAACUCGAGAAGAAAGGCUACGCCAUCAAAGAAGCCAUCCCUGUGUGGGCGGAAAUUAAAAAUCUCAGCACGCGAAGAAUAUGCUCCACUCAAGUCUCAUUGAUUCAGAAUGUUACAUAUUACUCGUUUCGGGGCCGCUUUUCGGAGUCAUCGACGUUGGUGACGAUCCACAAGGGUGGGGUGGCCCCCAGGGGUAAGCAGACCUGGCAGAGGGAGCUACUCAGCAUCCCAACCGUGGCCCCCUCUCAUUUGCGGGGCUGCAAGAUCAUUGACAUACAGUACUACCUGGAGUUAAGCAUAAAACCAGCCGGAAUAGCGCGAAAAGUUAAACUUCCACUAGACAUUGUUAUUGGAACGGUACCAGUGAACAAGCUACAAUCGCCCCGCACAUCUUACCAUCCUCUUCCCUCAACAGUCAGCGACAGUGCGUGUCCUUUCCCGUUCUUCGAGAACGUUUCUGAUCAAGUGCUCCUUACUGACAAGCUCGGCCUGCGCAAUAUGAUUCCUACUGCUCCUCCUUGGGAAGAAGACGAUGAUAUCCCCUGAGAGAUUUCAUGGAUCCUUCCAGUCUAGCGAUUCUUUGGAUAGCUGACCUUUACCAUGUGCAGUGAAAUGUUGGACAAUAUUGUUCAUGUUGUGAUCCUUUUGUGGACCUGACAUAAGAAAUCUGCUGGGCAGAAUGGUACAUGUGACAGAAUAGGUCGGGAUAAGCUUGGAACUAUCACAACCACUUGGGACUUGUUCAUAUACUUGCAAAUUUGAAAUAAAAAAUAUUAAUUCAUUGAUUCUUUAAACAAUAUAUACAAUAUUUUAAUAAAUAACACUUUUGUCUUAGAAAAAUAUGUAACAUAUCAUAAAUGUUCAUUAAUGGAUAACUAUCAAUCAAAUUCAAUAAAAAAAGUAAAGCAAUUGUUAAAAAAAAAUAAAGCAUUUGUUACGCAUUUCAAUUUAAAAUAUAUUUAAUAAAAAUAAGUUUAAUUCGAAAGACUGUGUGGUCCUGUGGUUAGAGUGUAAGAUUUUAAUCCCAGAGGUCCCUGGUUUGAAACACAUUCAGAUAAUGUUUUUCAAUCAAGUUUUUUUUCUGUAAUAAUAAUUAUGUAUUAUAUUUCAGAUUCUAUUGAUCUGUGAGUAAACACAUAUUUUGAUAUUGUUCAUUGAUAAGUCCCUUAAACAUUUCACAUUACAACAGUUAAGCACUAAAUCUACAGCCCUUGUUUUGGUAUGAUGUUGAAGAAAGAGUGGUCAUGCUGUAAAUUUUGUGUUAAAUCUUUGUUUUUUGUUGCGGGCAACAUAAGAAUUGUGUUGCUGUGUUUGUGAUAUCAGGUUGGAAAGAAUUGGUGAUGGAACAGUGUAAACAGUUAUGCACAGCCUAUGGUGUUCUAUAAGGGAAUAGAUUUGUAUGUUAAAUAUUAUUUAAUAUUACUCUUUAAACACUUGUUGAUGUUGUCAGGUGUGAAAGAUGUGAAAGCAAUUUGCUUAAUUUGUUAAUAGUGUAAAAAUGUUUAGUAAUACAAACACUACUGGAAACUUUUGGUUAUAUAACCCGUUACCCCUUAGAUACAUCUUUUUAUAUAUAUAUAGUCCCUUAGAAAGUUAAAUUUAAUUAAAGACCUUUCUUACUAGAUUCAAGUUUUAAAGGCAUCAUUUAUAACCCUUAGAUACUGAUGAGCAGCAAACAGCAUAAAACCUAAACAGACUGCAAGUUACUCGCAGGCUGUUCUGGUUUUUCGCUGUCUGCAAAUUGACAUUUUCACUUUGCUUCUGAGUGGGAAAGGGUUAAGGAAUAGAUUUUUACUAGUUUGAAUUAUUUGCGUACAGUCGACUAUUGUUGACUUAAACUGGCUUGGCUCAAUUUUGUCAUACAUUUUAAGACAGCUGAAAUAAAUUCUUGUUUAAGAAGAAAUUUCGCCUAUAAGUGAACCAAUCAGUGUAUGUCUUAAUGUGUUUUGAAUUUGUUGUGAAUACAUGCGAUUCUAUGUAGAACAUGGGGCCAUGUUGUUUAAAAGAAGGGUUUAAUGCAUGUGUGUAAAGUGUCGUCCCAGAUUAGCCUGUGCAGUCAGUUUCUAUAAACUAAAAAUACCAUAAAAGCAGAGUGUUAUUCCAUGAUAAGCCUGUGUGGACUUCACAGUCUAAUCUGGGAUGACACUUUAUGCACAUGCAUUAAAGCCUCUUUUCACCGAGCAUGGCUCAAAUAAAGCAGAACACAGACUGUGUUUAGAUGUGCCUAAAUGAAGUGUGUUUCCAUGGAUCUAACUGUGCAGUGAAAACAGCAGAACAAGAAAAUUGUCAUUGUACAUGUAUCAAUGAGAUGCCUUGAAGGAACAGUCAACUUUAUUGUAUGUGAUUCAAAGUGUUGUCCUAGCUUGUGCAGUAAUGGACUUAUAUUGUUUUUAUUGAAUUUGUGCAUAUGGAAGUACAGAUACAUGUUGCUUAACAGGUAUUUCUAAUUGCCAUUGAGAUUUGGUUACUAUAAUUAUUUUAAUAAUUAUUAAAUAUUGAAUUCCUUGAGUUUUGUAAAGGAUAGUAUUUGCUUAAUAUUUUGUGUCAUAUUUGUCAUCAACCUUUAUUUCCAUUCGUGGUGAGGGAUGGUUUUAAUGAUAAUGAAUAUUUCUGUUGUUUUUUAUCUACCUCCUUAUUGUUUUAAAUACUCAAAAACGAUUUUUUGUUAUUUUUAGCUCACCUGAGCACAACAUGCUCAUGGUGAAUUUUUGUGAUUGCUUUUUGUCGUUGUCCAGCGUUAUGAUUUGCCUCGUUAACACUUUAGAUGCCCUAUUUAUUAUCCAAUCUUCAUGAAAUUGGUAAGAAGGUUAUCUUGCUAGCUUUCAAAAGAAUGUGAAGUGAGGUCAAUUACUACGUCACGAGGUGAAAGUAAAAACACAGAUUUUUAACCUUGUAGAAAUCACAUUUUAGUACAAUCUUCUUGAGUCUUUAGCAAAUCAAACUUUCAAAUAGUAUAUGUUGAGUUUAAAAGAGUUUUGUUUUCAUUUACAAAUAUGCAUCUAGGCUCAGUUAAAAAUGAUUGUGGUUUAUUCCAUGUUCUGUGGAAUUGUUUCUUGUAAGUCUAUUUUGAAAGCUUGUGAACACUAUCUGCUUACAAUAAUUUAGUUCCUCGAGGUCUCAUGUGAGCACAGUCAUAAACCUUUUACAUUCUUGCUAUUAAAGUAGCAUUACUGUUUUCAUUUUUAAAUAGACCAAUUGUUUUGCUGUUUUUUCUGUUUCCCCACUUUUAUUUAUUUUAAACAUCAUGACUUUUACUUCAAAUGAUCUUAAUUUGGGUAUUUUACUUAGUAAUAAAAUCUCCCUAAAUUUCAAUUUCCAACUGAAAGCUUGUCAAUGUUGGAUGUACUGAAUAUGUUCUGAAAGUAAUUAAAACACUAAUAAGAUGUUGUCUUCACAUAUGUUGAGUUGCUAUCAAUAACAGUUGAAUAUUAUAUUACAUGUUGUUGAAUAUUAGACUUGUUUACAAUUUUCUUAUAUGAUUUAUCACUAUAUUGUUACUUGUUUACUUAGUCGUAGUAAAAGGUAUGUAAUAAACAUGCAAUAAUGAUACAAUUUUUAGUUUUAGCAGAUGUAUAUUGUGUAUGAUUAUAACUUAAUAGUGUUUAUAUGUCAGUCAAGGUGAAUAACCUAUCAAUAUUUUUAUGAUGAAGGUUGUAAACUGUACAACAUGUACUCAUUGUAAAUUACAUUUACAUUACAUUUAUAGUUGUUAUAUAAAUCAAUGCAAUAAAAUAUGUUUCAGGUA